AUGUACUCAGCUUCCAAUUCAACCGAAUCUUCUCAAUCAUCAGAACUUCUUCGUAGCCUUGUUAGGGCUAUAACCAAUACUAAUGAAACUUUGAAGUUGAUUCAUCAGGAUCUCGCUGUUAAGCGUCUUGACCCUGAGAAAAUCAGAAAGACGGUUAAGGAAAGUGUUGUCCCUGCUAUUCAUUUUUUGCGGGACGAAGAUGGACAAUCAAAGAUGUUGAAUCUUUUACGUGACCGACACUCGACUAUUAAGCAUAGCAAGCAGUCUUAUCUUAAGGCCCUUGCAAAACUUCGGUAUGAAGAUUAUACCAAACCCUUUUUGGACUACUUUAAUCUAAUCGAUGACUUUAUUAAUGCUAUUAAGAGCGACGGUUACAAAGUCGAUGAUGAUGAUAUCCUAGAGGCAUUGAAACCAGGUGUUGUUAAGUUGUGCGAGAACGAUCGAAACGAACUCAAUCAAGUUACUACACUAACUGAAUUUAAGGAGUGGAUCAUUAAGGAGGUCAAGAUCCAACGUGUCCCUAACAGGGAGGAAGUUCAGAUCCCAAAAUACUUAUUGAAGGGUCUUUACCAUUCUCAGACCGACUCUAGCGGCACACACAACAAACAAAAGCAAUAUUCUUCGAAGCACGGUCAAUCUAAAGGGCAGAGUCAAUCGAAGAAGGACUCACCCGAGAAGAAAAAUGUUCACAACUUCAACUUGAAUAAUCACAACGUCAUAUCUGAUCUUGAAUUAUUGGGAGGUGUUCCGAUGUCAGGUAAGAACUUACCUGUUGAAGUUGAAGAUAUGUGA